AGCUGCGGAGCGAGCGCUGUGUGCGCCGCCGCCGCUGCCGCAGCUGGUCCCGGCCCCGCCGCCCUGUCAGUCCGCUCGUCCGCCCGGCUCGGCCCGCAGGACGCCGGGGGGGCAGAGACGAAGCCCAGGCCGCAGCCGCAUGAAGGAGUGCGAGUACCAGCAGAUCCGCCCCGGGGCCGCCCCGCCGCCGCCGCCCAGCGCCCCCCAGUCCGGCUCCGGGCCGCCCCCGACGCCCCGCAGGCUGAGCUCGGGCCCUGACUCCGCCGCCUUCGCCUCAUCUGCCGCCUCCGUCCGGCCCUGCCGCAAAUGGGAGGUGUUCCCGGGCCGCAACCGCUUCUACUGCGGCGGCCGCCUUAUGCUGGCCGGGCAUGGCAGCGUCUUCGCGCUCACCGUCGUCCUCAUCGUCACCACCACGACGCUCUUCUUCAUCUUCGACUGUCCUUUUCUGGCCCGCCACCUGACUCUGGCCAUCCCCAUCAUCGGGAGCAUGCUCUUCUUCUUCGUCAUGAGCUGCCUGCUGCAGACAAGUUUCACUGAUCCUGGGAUCCUGCCCCGAGCUACUCCCAACGAGGCAGCCGCCCUGGAGAAACAGAUCGACAGUACUGGCAAUUCUACCUACAGACCUCCCCCAAGGACCAAGGAGGUGAUGAUCAAUGGGCAGAUGGUGAAAUUAAAAUACUGCUUCACCUGCAAGAUGUUUCGACCUCCCCGGACCUCACACUGCAGUGUAUGUGACAACUGUGUGGAGCGGUUCGAUCACCACUGUCCUUGGGUGGGCAACUGUGUAGGCAAACGGAAUUACCGCUUCUUCUAUGCCUUCAUCCUCUCCCUCUCCUUCCUGACCUCCUUCAUCUUUGCCUGUGUCAUCACCCACCUGACUCUGCGUUCUCAGGGAGGCACCUUCCUUGACACUCUGAAGGAGACACCGGCGAGUGUGCUAGAGCUGGUGAUUUGCUUCUUCUCCAUCUGGUCCAUCUUGGGCCUCUCAGGGUUUCAUACUUACCUCGUCGCCUCCAACCUAACAACCAACGAAGACAUCAAAGGCUCGUGGUCCAAUAAGAAAAACAUGGAGGCUUCCACCAACCCCUACAGCCAUAAAAGUGUCGCUGCCAACUGCUGUGCUGUGCUCUGUGGGCCUCUGCCCCCGAGCUUGAUUGACCGGAGGGGAUUUGUGCAACCUGACACUCAGUUGCCCUCUCCCACCAAGAAUGAGGACCCCACCUGUGGAGCCAAGCCAGACGGCAGCAUGGACCGACCUCCAGGCUGUGCUACCUCCUAGUGCGGGUGAAUCACACACAGCUGCGCAUGCACACGGACACACGCUGGCAAUACUUGAAACGGGUCGUACUGAAGCUGCUGGGCAUUUUGCACAAUUUUAUAGAACUCUUUUCUACAUAGAAUUUUUAAAAGGAAAAAAACCCUCAGCCCCGUUGUUUCUCUAGUACUGGGUGGUGUUGGCAAGAGGCAGGCUGGUUUUGUGAUUUUGUUACGAGGGACCUUAUGGUUUGUUGUAAGUGUGUCUGUCUGGCUCAGUGUGUGUGUAUGUUUUCACUCGCGCCCGCCUGGCUGAUAGGUUGGCCGGCUCCCACUCCCCCACGUGGCCUGCGUUUCUGGCUUUUUUUAUUGCCGCCCCACCUGUGGGGAUCUGAGCCUAGCAGAAGCAGGCAGGGGAGUGAGAAUGAGAGAGACAGAGUGAGUGAGUGUGUGUGUGUGUGUGUGUGUGUGUGUGUAUGUGUGUGUGUGUAUACAUGCUGGUUGUGAAUGGCAACUUGGAGUUCCCAGAGGGGCCAAGUCCUCCUUCUGGGUGUCCUCCCACACUCUUUUCUCACCUCCCGCUCUCCCCCUCCCAACCACGGACUUUGAUGUCAGAAGCCUGGUGGCUGGGUGACGCCAGGGCCCCCCUCCCUUCCCCAAGCUGGGCUUCCGGCCUGAAAUCUGCCCCGACAGGCCAAAGUGUAUUGGGGUGGGGUUAUGGGAGUAUCAGGAGAUUUGAGCAGUCCCUGCAGCCUGUGUCCCCUCCCAGGAAGGAAGAGCAUCUGAGGCUGGAGCCGGUUGGCAACUCCGCCGACUGUUGCCCCUCAGUCUGUGAUUUGGGGGACAGAGGCCCCUGGAGGGAAGGAUCGAGCCUAGGCUUAGCCAAGGGGAGAUCGAGCCCCUGGGCUAGAGUUCAGCCUAAUUUAUCCCCUCUCCCAAAUGCCUCAAGCCUUAGCCCCUCUUAGGAGCAGAUGAGAAGCCCGGGACUGCCCCGGGUCCUCCGGCCAGCCCCCAUGGCCCUUAACUGUGAUAUUCCCAGACACUACUGAGAGGAGCGAAGUGGUUGGAACACUCCCAUUAAGGUCCCCUCCAGGCUGAGGGGCAAAGGGCCGGAGAGCCGGUCCGUCUAGAAGUAGCAGUCGUCCAGGGACCUCUCAGAGGGCCCGAGCUGAGGAAAGCAGGGGGAGCUGGCUUGGGGGGAGGGGGGAGCCCAUUUGCCUUUCACUGGAGCCAGUGUUCUUUGUUCCUGCCUGUAAUAAAAUUUUUAUUUUUAAGAGUU